GACGGGCCGGGGGAGCGAUGGAGGACUACCCUCGACUUAUAAGUCCGCUAAAAAUAACCUGAACGCCCCCUUCGUCCCCCCUUUUUAUACCCCAAAACCUCAACCUCCAGGGUUCCAAAAACCUUCAACCUCUUCAAUGGCGUCUUCUACCGCUCAGUUUCACGCCACUCCGUUCACCUCAUCUCAAGCCUCACCUAAAACUGUCUUCUUUGGCAAUGGAUUAACCAAAUCCAUCUCCUUUUCACACCAAAAAUCGUUCGUAAAGCUGAAAACCACCAGAAGAAGUAGUCCGUUUAGAGUUGUGGCGGAGAAAGUCGUUGGAAUAGAUCUAGGAACGACGAACUCCGCCGUGGGAGCGAUGGAGGGAGGGAAGCCGGUGAUCGUGACGAACGCGGAGGGGCAGCGGACGACGCCGUCGGUGGUGGCGUACACGAAGAACGGGGACCGGUUGGUAGGGCAGAUAGCGAAGAGGCAGGCGGUGGUGAAUCCGGAGAAUACGUUUUUUAGUGUGAAGCGGUUUAUUGGGAGGAAGAUGGCGGAGGUGAAUGAGGAGUCGAAACAGGUGUCGUAUACGGUGGUUAGGGAUGACAAUGGGAAUGUUAAGAUUGACUGUCCGGCUAUUGGCAACCAGUUUGCUGCUGAAGAGAUUUCUGCACAGGUAUUGAGAAAGCUUGUGGAUGACGCUUCGAAGUUUCUGAACGUCAAGGUCACCAAAGCUGUCGUGACAGUUCCUGCUUACUUCAACGACUCUCAAAGAACCGCAACCAAGGAUGCCGGUCGAAUUGCUGGGCUGGAAGUGCUGCGAAUCAUCAACGAACCUACAGCUGCCUCACUAGCCUAUGGUUUCGCAAAGAAGAACAAUGAAACUAUAUUGGUUUUUGAUCUUGGAGGUGGUACUUUCGAUGUUUCAGUUCUUGAAGUUGGCGAUGGAGUCUUUGAGGUUCUUUCUACUUCUGGAGAUGCCCAACUAGGUGGUGACGAUUUUGACAAGAGGAUUGUUGAUUGGCUUGCUGCAAGCUUCAAGAAAGACGAGGGCAUUGACCUACUAAAAGACAAGCAAGCUCUACAACGGUUGACCGAAACUGCUGAAAAGGCGAAGAUGGAACUUUCAACUCUGACACAAGCAAACAUUAGUUUACCGUUCAUUACGGCCACCGCAGACGGCCCUAAACAUAUUGACACUACCCUUACAAGGGCAAAGUUUGAGGAACUAUGUUCAGACCUGCUGGAUAGGCUUAAAAGACCAGUUGAGAAUUCUCUGAGAGAUGCCAAGCUGUCGUUCAAAGAUUUAGACGAGGUGAUCCUUGUUGGCGGCUCAACACGUAUUCCGGCCGUUCAGGAAGCUGUCAAGAGCCUUACUGGAAAGGAACCAAAUGUUACCGUUAAUCCAGAUGAAGUGGUUGCUUUGGGAGCUGCAGUCCAGGCUGGUGUUGCUAAUAAGGAAGUGAGUGACAUUGUUCUUCUAGACGUAACAUCGUUAUCCAUCGGUCUCGAAACUCUCGGCAGUGUGAUGACGAAAAUCAUCCCAAGAAACACAACUAUACCAACUUCAAAAUCAGAGGUUUUCUCUACAGCUGCUGACGGGCAAACAAGUGUUGAUAUUAACGUCCUACAGGGUGAGAGAGAGUUCGUUAGAGACAACAAGUCUCUUGGUAGCUUCCGUCUUGACGGAAUCCCGCCGGCCCCACGUGGGGUCCCGCAAGUCGAGGUUAAAUUCGACAUCGAUGCAAAUGGUAUCCUGUCUGUCACUGCUAUGGACAAGGGCACCGGAAAGAAGCAAGAUAUUACCAUCACCGGUGCUAGCACGUUACCUAGUGAUGAGGUGGAGAGAAUGGUUAACGAAGCCGAAAAGUUCGCUAAAGAAGACAAAGAAAAGCGAGAUGCUAUUGACACGAAGAACCAGGCGGAUUCAGUCAUAUACCAGACCGAGAAGCAGUUGAAGGAAUUAGGAGACAAGGUUCCCGCACCGGUGAAAGAGAAGGUCGAGGCGAAACUCGGUGAGCUGAGGGAGGCUAUAACCGGCGGGUCAACACAAACCAUAAAAGACGCUAUGGGUGCGCUUAACCAAGAGGUGAUGCAGCUCGGCCAGUCCCUUUACAACCAGCCCGGUGAACCGGGAACACCACCGGGUGCUGAGGCGUCGGGAGCUUCAGAGAAGGGACCGGAGGGUGAUGUCAUUGAUAUCGAUUUCACCGACAGCAAGUGAGUUGUGUGAUUCGGAUAGUUUGAUAUUUUGGACACGUCAUCUGUUUAGCCAUUGAUGAGCUUGAAAGAAGUAUAGGAUGAUGAUGUUAAUAGUAGGUAGACUUGCAGCAAACUGGAUGGUGAAAAUGACCAUGCCAUGGUUUUUUUUUUGGUGGAAAUUAAAUAAUUAUUAUUUAGUAAUU